GCUGGCAUGGAGUCUGGUGAAAGGAAGAAGCUGUCAUCCGCCUCGUCGGAUGGAGAUCACAGAGAAGAAAAUAAAUUAAAACGAGGAAUUUCCCAAGACACGUCUUCUUCCCCCAAAUUAGACAAAUACAAAAUAGCAAGGCAAUUAACAGAAAAAGCAAUCAAGGAAAAGAAGAUUUUCUCCAUCUAUGGGCACUACCCCGUGAUCCGGGCGGCACUGCGCAAGAAGGGCUGGGUGGAGAAGAAGUUCCACUUCAUGCCCAAGAUCCUCUCAAACAUUGAGGAUGAAGUGGUCGCUGGUAGUAAAUAUGCUGAAAUCAAAGAAAAUCAGGAAAUAGGCUUGGAGAAAACAGAUGAUAUCCACGAUGUGAUGUCUAGGAUGGUAAAGAAUGAGACACCACACUUCCUCUGGACUAUCAAAAGGGAUGUUGUUGACUAUCACAGCCUGACCAGUGAUCAGAUGCUGAACCAUUACGGCAAGACGGCUUCCUUCACCACCAAGAUCGGGCUGUGUGUGAACAUGCGGAACCUGCCGUGGUACGUCCAGGCGAACCCCAACUCCUUCUUCCCUCGCUGCUAUGGCCUCUGCACUGAGAGUGAGAAGCAGGAGUUCUUGGAUGACUUCCGGCGCACAGUGGCUUCCAGCAUCCUCAAGUGGGUUGUCAGCCACCAGAACUACAACAAAAGCAAGUCCAAGAGUAAGGAAGCCAAGCACAGUGACCCCAUCAACAAGAAAGAGCCUGAGAAUACAGACAGCAAGCUCAGAGGCCUCUCCGGACAGCUUGUGGACACGGCGUGCAAGGUGUGCGAGGCCUACCUGGGGCAGCUGGAGCACGAGGACAUCGACGAGUCAGAGACCGGCACAGAGGAGCUCUCAGAGGCUCAGUGGAAUGACCUCACACAGCAGUACUACUCCCUGGUCCAUGGCAAUGCCUUCAUCUCCGACUCAAGAAGCUACUUUUCACAGUGCCAAGCUCUGCUGAAUAAAAUCACUUCUGUGAACCCUCAGACAGAGAUCGAUGGGCUUCGGAACAUCUGGAUUAUAAAGCCUGCAGCCAAGUCCCGGGGCCGAGACAUUGUGUGCAUGGACCGUGUGGAGAGCAUCCUGGAGCUGGUGGCUGCAGACCCCCCGGCCACCAAGGACAACAAGUGGGUGGUCCAGAAGUACAUCGAGACACCGAUGCUCAUCUAUGACACCAAGUUUGACAUCCGGCAGUGGUUCCUGGUGACAGACUGGAACCCCCUGACCAUCUGGUUCUACAAGGAGAGCUACCUGCGUUUCUCCACCCAGCGUUUCUCCCUGGACAAUCUGGACAGUGCCAUCCACUUGUGCAACAACUCCAUCCAGAGGCGACUCAAGAACGACAAGGAGCGUAGCCCACUGCUGCCCGGCCACAACAUGUGGACCAGCUCCCGCUUCCAGGAGUACCUGCAGAAGAGGGGCCGCGGGACAGCGUGGGGCAGCACCAUCUAUCCAUCCAUGAAGAGGGCCAUCACCCACGUCAUGCGGGCGGCCCAGGACCACGUGGAGGCACGCAAGAACAGUUUCGAGCUGUACGGUGCCGACUUCAUCCUUGGGCGGGACUUUAAGCCCUGGCUGAUCGAGAUCAACUCCAGCCCCACCAUGCACCCGUCCACGCCUGUCACGGCCCAGCUCUGUGCCCAGGUGCAGGAGGACACCAUCAAGGUCGUGGUGGACCGAAAGCUGGAUCGCAACUGUGACAUUGGCAACUUUGAGCUCCUGUGGAGACAGCCUGCCGUGGAGCUGCCCCCGUUUAGCGGGUCCGACCUGUGCGUGGAAGGCAUCAAUGUGAAGAAAGCCAAGAAGCAAAUGCCACACAUCACCAACCUCAACUUGGACUCACUCUCAGACCCGCAGCCUCUUAAAGCACAGAGCCCCUGGGUGGGGCUGGAACUAGCAGGGGAACCUCCUGGCCCAGCCGUGCAGCCAGACUGGAAACCAGAAAACACGAAGGUCCUCUCCUCCAGCUGGUCUGCACCUGUGCAGAAGCCACUGGAGAAGAGCUGUCGAGCGAGGUCCGUCCAUGCACUCCCUGCCUGUAACUAUCAACACAUAGACAUUAAGACCCCGAGAAGUGGUUUCACCAAAGCCCAGCCCGUCAGACACUUGGAUCCACACUUUCUAAGUGUGCAUCCUCUGACACCUGUGCUGCAGAGCGUGAAGACAGUGGAGGGCAGUCUGUCUCAGCCACCCAGAGCACCAGAUGUCUUCCUGGGGGAGUUGUCAGCAGACAAGACAACUCCAACUCACCGGGCAUGA